AUGCCGAGCGCACGUGGCUAUGAGCGUGCGCUGCGUGCGGGCAGGCAGUCCUCUUCAAUCCUGUCGCGAACCGCAUCGGGAGCGGUCGUGUCACUAGUUAAUAAAGAAGCCAAAAUUGAGUGCCUAAGAGUGGAGAGAGGCGGCGCGUGCUUGCGAUGCUGGCCCGCUCGCCGCCUAGACAGGCAUGGAUAUAUCGACAUGGGGACCCAUUCUAGUAUCCCAUCUGAUGACUGGCAGAGCCCCGGACCGUCACCGCCGGUUCCCGAGCGGCCUUGCUUCCUGCCACCAGCGCCACCGCAAUAUCAUCGUCGUUUAUCGCCACAAUGCCUCUCCGGUAAGCCCUCUAUGACAGACAGGUGUUCGUUUGGCCAGUGA